AAACAACAACAAAUCCUCAAGUCAGCAGUCCUCAUCAUCUUCCUCUUCUUCAUCUCUGUCAUCAUGUUCUUCUUCAUCUGCACUGGCACAAGAACUGUCUCAGCAAACAGCAGUGAUACCAGAGUCUGAUUCUAAUAGCCAGGUUGACUGGACCUAUGAUCCAAAUGAGCCACGUUACUGCAUUUGUAAUCAGGUGUCCUAUGGUGAAAUGGUAGGCUGUGAUAACCAAGAUUGCCCUAUUGAGUGGUUCCACUAUGGAUGUGUUGGACUGACAGAAGCACCAAAAGGGAAGUGGUACUGUCCACAGUGUACGGCUGCAAUGAAGAGAAGGGGCAGUAGGCACAAAUAAGUUUCUUCAUCUGGAAAACAAAUUCCAUACUAAAGGUUCUAUAGGGGACUUGGGAGGGGGAGGAACCCCCACCACACUUCCUUGCAACCACUUAAGGGUUAACAUAACAGUCAUAAGAUCUUGAACUAUUGAUUUUGCUAGUUGUGUUUUAAUAUUGUAAGUAAAUUAUUUAUGCACAUUGAUGUGCUACAGAUACUAUUCCAGUGAGCCUUGGAUUGUUCCAGUGGCCAACAUAUGCAGACAUUUGUAUGAUCAAACCAUUUUCUGUAAGCAGUGGGCAUUCUACAAUUAUUCAAUCUUCAAAAAAUUCUGAUAAGUCAAGAUUUUAAAUGUAUGUUUUAUAUUCAACAGAUAUAUUCUGCUGCAUGUACUGUACUUAAGAGCUGUUAUGUAACACUAUGUAUAUAAAUGGUGCAAAAAGUCAGUGCUUCUGAAGAAAAAAAAGAGACAAUGGUUUUUAAAAUGCCUUUAUAGCUUUGGUUCUUUAUGAAACUUAAUUCAGCAGGCUGAAGAAAAUGGUUCUUGUAUACAGCGGGCUGUUGUCCUCUAGGGUACUUGAGUAUGUAAAAACAAAAAAAUGCUGUAGAAUAAAACAAACUUGUGCCAUUAGUCUUUAUAUGUUUCUGCUCCACAGAAGGCGCAGGCCAUGAGAGGAAAAAAAGGUGUUAAAGUGAUGAUAAAUUUUUAUACCAAAUGUGUUUAUUUUUUUGUGCAAGUAAUCCUUUAAAUUUGAAUUGUAUUAGGUGUUAAAAUAAAACAACCUCAACUCCUCGAA